UUCUUCCUUCCUUCCUUCCUUGUGAAGAGAAGAAACAAAAACCCGCCUCUCCCUCUCACUUCACUGCUGAUCAACUUCCUUCCCUGUUGGAUUUUUCCUAAUUAUUCAUAUACAUACACAUAAUAUACAAGCAAAGAAUUGAGAGAAUUCAAGAUUAUUCAUGUAAUGUAAUGAUUGGGGAUAUUAGAUUUACAGCCAUUGCUUUCACUGGAAUUCUGGCGCUGUUAGCUUAAAUGGAACCAGAAGAAGAGCCACAGCAAAAGCGCCCUCAUCUCAACAACAUACACUCUUCAAUGGCUCGUCACUCUUCUUCUCCUCCUCCCCAUGACAACAGACCUGUUGAUGCUGCAGUUCUUCAGUACCAGAACCAGAAGCUUGUACAACAGAUAGAAACACAGAAGCAAGAGUUACAUGAUCUUGAAUCAAACAUCAAAGAGCUAAAAGAGAAGCAAACUUCAUAUGAUGAAAUACUCAUACAAGUGAACUUACUCUGGACUCAGUUGAUUGACGACAUAAUUUUGCUCGGUGCUCAAGCGGGGGCUGGCCAGAGGGCUAUACAGAGUUUGGAUCGUGUUGAAUCUUCUCGUGGCUCCAUUCCGUCAUGUCCGCCGGAGGAUAUAUUUCUUUGUAGGUUACUAGAAACAGAUGCUAUAAAAAGCAACAAAACUGAUGGAUCAAUUGGUUAUGUUGAAGAAGCUCUUGCGGCACGUCAGACUUCUACGAGGGAGUUGAUGAAAUUAUUGGAGGAUGCUAUUGAUUCUCAAAGAGCUAAAUUUGAGGACAUAGCUGAUAUUUUGCUGGGGAAACCAUCUGCAGAAGAUGCUGUUAUCCAGUUGCGGAAGCUUGAUGACUUGAUAAUAGAGGAGGCGAGUUGCCUCCAUAAGGUGGCUGAUAUGCUUCACUUUAAACACAAACAAUAUGCUGAUGAGAUUCAAACUUGCAUUGACAACCAUUCAGUUGAUCGGAUAGAGAUAAAGCGCCUUGCUGGAGAGCUUGAAGAAAGUAUGGCAGAACUCGAAGAAAGUAGAAGGAAAUUAAUUAAUCUGAAAAUGCAGAAAGAUGGGGUUUCUGGGAUGCAGGUUCCAAUUCCUAUUCCUGUUAUAGUUCCUAAUGCUGUGAAUGGAUCUGUAUCUCCUGAAAAGCCUGCAGAUAGGUCAAAGCGUUUACGUGAACUAAAAGAAUCCAUCAAGGAUAUAAAGGUACUAGCAGAUGACCGGCUUUCUGAGCUUCAAGAUGCACAGGAGGACAACCUAAGUUUGUCAAAGCAGCUGCAGGAUCUUCAGAAUGAAAUGAAGGAGGACAAGUAUGUUUAUUCAUCUCGCCCUUACACAUUGGUGAAUGAUCAGUGCAGAAAGGCCAUUCAUCAUGCGGAGGGAGAAAGAAUUGAUUGUAAAAGCAGAGUCCUUCGAUGCUGCAAGGAAUUCAACUGAUAGUUCUGAGUCAAAGGUUGAAGAGCUACAGAAUCAACUGCAAAUGUGUGUUAUUGAGAAGAACGAGAUGGAGAUAAAACUGGAAGAAGCAACACAAGAUUCAGGAAGAAAGGAUGUCAAAGAAGAGUUUCAGGUAAUGGCAUCAGCUUUGUCGAAGGAAAUGGAGAUGAUGGAAAGCCAGUUGAAUAAGUGGAAGAAUACAGCUGAUGAGGCCAUGUCCUUGCGUGAGAAAGCGCAAUCACUUAGUUCCUUAUUAGACGUAAAGACUGCUGAAUUAAAGAAUUUGGCUGAUCAGUUUACUCGGAAGAUGGGGGAGAUCAAGUCUUUGAAGGAUAUUACUGAGAAAAUGCAGAAGGAAAAAGAAGAGCUAGAAACUUUCUUGGAUAUGUUGGGUCAGCAAAUCUACGAUAAUAGAGACUUGACAGAGAUUAAAGAAUCAGAACAGAGAGCUCACCUGCAAGCUGAAACUUUGAGGAAUGCCCUAGAUGAACAUAGCUUGGAAUUGAGAGUGAAAGCAGCUUAUGAAGCUGAGGCGGCAUGCCAGCAGAGGCUCUCCGUUGCUGAAGCCGAAAUUGCUGAAUUAAGGACUGAGUUAGAUGCUUCUGACAGAGAUGUUUUAGAGCUCAAGGAAGCCAUCAACAUCAAAGAAGGGGAGGCAGAGUCCUACAUAUCUGAGAUCGAGACUAUUGGUCAAGCUUAUGAAGACAUGCAAACUCAGAACCAACGUUUGUUGCGGCAAGUGACUGAAAGGGAUGAAUAUAAUAUAAAGUUGGUGUCUGAUAGCGUGAAAGCAAAGCAAUCACAAAACUUACUGCUCUCUGAGAAACAAGGGUUUGCAAAGCAACUUCAACAGCUUAAUGGAUCACUUGAAGCUUUGAAGUCGAAAGUAGCUCAAAGAGAGGAGCAGUUGAAGCUUCACCACCUCGAACUUUUAAGCUCCAUUCAACAAGACAAGCACACGGCGAUAACUCUUGAAGCUGCAAAGUGGGAAUUAGCAGAUGCAGAAAAGGAACUAAAGAUGCUGAAAUCCACUGUACUAUCAUCUGAGAAGGAACAUGAACAGAUCCUGCGAAAAAUAGAUGACAUUCAAAUAGAAUUAGAUAAUGAAAGGAGAGAGAGGAAGAAGCUUGAUGAAGAACUGAUGGAAUUGAAUAGAACAGUUGCUGAGUUGACUUCUGAAACUGGGGAAGCUGCAAUACAGAAACUCCAGGAAGAGAUUAAGGACUGCAAGGCCAUACUCAAGUGUGGGGUGUGUCUUGAUCGGGCCAAGGAGGUUGUGAUAGUGAAGUGCUUCCAUCUAUUUUGCAACCAAUGCAUCCAAAGAAAUCUAGAACUCCGGCACCGCAAAUGCCCUGGAUGUGGAACUGCAUUCGGACAGAAUGACGUUAGAUUUGUGAAGAUUUGAUUGAUAAUGCGUUGGUGCUGGGGGGGUUUGUCUAAGCCAAGAUGAUAUUCAGCUUGUAAAAAAGGAUAUGAAGUAGCAAUUUGUGUGUUUGGUUACCACUUGGGGAGGAAUAGUGAGGUUGUGAAUUAUGUGAGCGAGACAAAGAUUCAUAAUUUUCACUGGAAUCGAAUAUAUAUGUAAUAUGAAAAGAAAAAUCUUAGUAUGAUCCCCUCCGCUAUAAGAAAAAGAUAAAAGGGAAAAGGAUGGGAUGCUGAUGAAGACCACCCCAUCCCCAUCAUCAUCCCUAAUCAAAGAUGAUGGGUGGAACCUUAUCCAAAUGGAACUGUUGUUGAAUA